GAAAAUACUCCACCUAUCAACUUGAACACCACACCUGAUACAUCCUAUAAUACGUUAGACCCUAUGAUCUUAAGUCAAGCUUUUUCGUCUACGAAUGACCUGCAAUUCCCACCUCCAGAAAAUCAAACCUUCAAGGAUUUGCAUGAAUUUUCAUUAAUUCAACAAUUCCACUCGACUCCAUACGAACCAACUCAUUGCGCAAACGUGGAAAACAACUUUUUUUUCGGAAACCAGGAUUUCAUAUCGGAUCCUUCUCGAGCAUACGAUCAUUUUCUAUCGAUGAAUCAGUUUCCAAUCGUUGGCGAAGACACACAAAAAGAUGAUUCAAUUGAUUUGAAUCCAAUAAAUA